AGCAGUGCGCAUGCGUGCGCCGCUCGCACGUGCGCAGUCGCUCUCGUGUCGGUGAGGGGCAAAGAUGGCGUGUUCCGCGGCUCGCAGCUCCGCACGCUGGGUCACAGCGGCCGUGUCUUCCAGCCACAGACGGGCCUGCUCGCCUCUGCUCUCCAGCGCGGAUGGAGCCUACAGGAGCCUCGCGACGCUGUCAGGCCGGCAGCUGUGGACGGCGCGCGGCGGGAGCGCCGGAGGAGCCGGGACUGCGGUGACAUUGAGAGGCAUGACAGUGUUGUGUGUCACAGCGGUGAGCUCUUCUUCUCAUGUCAUCUGUAAGAUGUCCUUCCACACCAGCUCUCCGGCUGCAAAACAGGAUUUCUACCAGAUCUUAGGAGUUCCCCGCGCAGCCACGCAGAAGGAGAUUAAGAAAGCUUAUUACCAGAUGGCAAAGAAGUAUCAUCCAGACACUAACAAAGAGGACCCUCAGGCGAAGGAGAAGUUUGCGCAGCUAGCGGAGGCCUAUGAGGUGCUCAGUGACGAGGUGAAGAGGAAGCAGUAUGACACGUACGGCUCUGCCGGGUUUGACGCGGGACAGGCCGGCGCGGGACACCAGCAGUACUGGGGCGGAGGGAGCAGCAUCGACCCCGAGGAGCUUUUCCGCAAGAUCUUUGGCGAGUUUUCCGGAGCUCGAGGCUUUGGGGAUUUCAGUGCCAUCUUUGAUCAGCCACAAGAGUAUGUGAUGGAGCUCACGUUCGCUCAGGCUGCCAAAGGAGUGAACAAAGAGCUCACGGUCAACAUCGAGGACGCAUGUCAGCGCUGUGGAGGCAGAGGCCACGAGCCCGGAUCCAAAGUCCAGCACUGCGGCAGCUGCAAUGGGACUGGCAUGGAGACGGUGAACACGGGGCCCUUCGUGAUGCGCUCCACCUGCCGGCGCUGUGGCGGGAGGGGUUCGGUCAUCACAUCGCCCUGCACAGCGUGUCGAGGGACGGGACAGACCAAACAGAGGAGGACCGUCACGGUGCCUGUUCCUGCUGGAAUCGAGGACGGGCAGACGGUCCGCAUGCCUGUGGGGAAGAAAGAGAUCUUCAUUACGUUCAGAGUCCAGAAGAGCCCGAUCUUCAGGAGAGACGGCGCUGACAUCCACUCUGAUGUCAUGAUCUCUGUGGCUCAGGCCAUACUGGGCGGCACAGUCAGAGCGCAAGGACUCUACGAGACCAUCAAUCUCUCGAUCCCAGUUGGAGUGCAGGCCGAUCAGAGGAUCCGGCUCUCUGGUAAAGGUAUUCCACGGGUCAGCGGCUACGGUUACGGUGACCACUACGUCCACAUCAAGAUCAAAAUCCCAAAGAUGUUGACAGACCGGCAACGAGCCCUCAUGAGGAGUUACGCGGAGGACGAGACCGAUGUGGAGGGAAGCGUCAAUGGAGUGACCAGCACCGCUGCAGGUAAAAGAUCCACUGGAAAUUAGACUUUAGUGGAGAUUCAGAUUGACUGUACAGCGAGUCUUCUGCUGUGGACACGUGCAGCAUGGAGAUCAUCUUGACCGCUCCUCAAACUACAGAACAUGAAGAUCUGUGGAUGCAUUACUGACUUCUGAGAGAAGAACCCUUCAGAUCCCAGAGGAAUAUGAUCUACGCACAUGUACCGGUCUUACCUGAAACAUUGUGAUAUCAACCUCAACCCUAGAUCGUGUCUUUGGUCUGUAAUUUCACGUUAAGGUUUUAUGUAGUCAGGUCUUUAAUUUUCUGUUGUUCUGAAGCGAUCCACAAACAGACGGGAAAUCUUUACUUCAGUAACAGUGUCAUUUCACAAUAAUGAAGUCCAAUGUUCAAGAUCUUUGUUUGUGCUGACACCUCACUGAACAAGCAGUGUACAUAGACAGCUGUUAAUAUUAAAGUCAUUUUAAUGGGUUGUUGUAGAGAUAAAUAUGCAGUUAUUAAUAAAAUCUCUGUGUGACAACUGUAAA